AAAUGUAUCCGUUGUUGCAGAAAACAAGUUAGUACUUUGCUUAUUGUGUUAAUUAAUUUCUUAUGUGUGAGAUAUAACAGUAUAUAUAACACCUUAAGUACUACUACAUGCUCUAUUAAUACUCCAUAGAAUGUAUUAUUGAUCCACAAACCUAAAUACUAGUAAAUCAUUUUACAUUCACCAUAGAAUGUUAUAAACUUUUUUCAAUUUUCUCGUCUAAACAAGACAUCCAAGAGUUCCAAGAUCAAUUAAACAAGAAGGAUAAAGGAAAUCAAGGAAGCACACAAAUAGAUUUAUCCAAUUGGAUUUUUCUAGUUUGUCUUAUGUUUGCUAUGUAUUUUUCAUUACUUUAUUUUAGGCUACUUGUCAUAAACUAAAUUUCAACAUCAGUCGUAAAACAUGAUUAAAUUAUUUUUGAACCGUGGCCACCACUCCAAGCUAUAGCCGACAUAAAAUGACAAAAAUCAAUAAAACACUUUGAUUUAUUUAUAUCCUUCGUACACAGAGAUAGAUCAAAAUCAUAAAAAAUAUGGGUGAAAACAGAGAUGAAAAAAUCAAAAUCAAUCUUAGGCCCUUAGAAAUAUCAGACAUGGAUGAUUUCAUGGCGUGGGCAAGUGAUGAAAGAGUUGCCCGUUUCUGCACUUGGGAACCCUACACUUCACGAGAUGAAGCACUCCACUUCCUCACCAACAUCGCCAUCCCCCACCCAUGGCUCCGAGCCAUCUGCGUCGGAGAUCGAGUCGUGGGCUCGAUCUCCGUCACGCCCGGCUCUGGCACCAGGAGCUGCACGGCGGAGCUCGGCUACGUGUUGGCGCACGAGCACUGGGGGAGAGGGAUUGCCACGGAGGCGGUGAAGGUUGUGAGCUCCACCAUUUUCCGAGAGUGGCCGCUGCUGCAGAGGCUCGAGGCUUUUGUGAACGCCGAGAAUGGAAGGUCCCAGAAGGAUCUAGACAAGGCUGGAUUUGUGAGGGAAGGCUUGCUGAGAAAGUAUGAAGUUAUCAAAUGGAAACCUAGAGAUAUGAUUGUUUACAGCCUUCUUUCUGGUCAUGUUUCCUAGCCACUUUUACUCUGCUUUAAUUUUUUGUAAUAUUAUUGAGUUGGGUUUUCAAUAUA